CUUGAAGCACUCAAAUGAGCACGCCGCAGCAAACAUCUCCUGCCCGAGACGUCCUGACGCAGCCCGAUUUGCGUGAGCUCAUACUCGCAUACCAAUACGGCGUGCCGUGCUCACUCCAGCACAUGUUCCAGCUCUACUACGCCAAGCUCGACCAAAUGCAAUACCAAGCCCACCCCGCGCUCAAGCAAAUGCAAGAUCCACUGCGCAUGCGCGGGUACCUCCUCUGCCGCCUUCUCGAGGACAAUUACUGCGACCUCGCGCACACCUUUCUCGACACCUUCCCAGACGACGACGAUAUCCAAAUUCCAAAAAGCAUCUCGAUCCUGACCCGCAACACGAUCGACAAUGCGGUCCGCGCGCGCAACUUGCCGCUCGUGAAGCGGCUCCACGCAAGACCGGCCAUUGGCAUUUGCUCGCAGCUCGCGAUGGACGCGGCGGCGGCCAACGGCGACCUUGAGAUUGUUCAGUUCCUGCACGUGCAUCGCAGCGAAGGCUGCUCGCGCGUUGCGUUCAAGAAGGCAAAGAAGCACCCGGCCGUCCUAACCUUCCUCAAAGCAAAUCGCCCACAGGACGAGCACCGUGUGGAGACGCGUCUUCGCAUGACGCCGGAUUUUGGCCACACAGAGAUGGGUAACUGCGUUGUGCAAUAGCCUAUAUAGUACAAUAUUUCAAUGUUGCACCGAA